AUGGGGGAUCAUCGCGAUCAUUCUCCCACCGAGAUUGCCGAUGAAAUCUCUGAUGAUGAGGAGCUGCCAGAAGUCAAGGAGGAGAAGGAAGACCUGGAAGGAGAGGACGUGCGCCUUCUAUCGGAACUUCCGGGAAGUGGCAGUGGUCGCAAGAGCAAGAACAAGAGGGGCCGCAACGAUGGGACGUCCACCAGCCCAGAAAAGAAAAGAGAUGCUGGUGAACCGGGUGAUCUACCAAUGACGGGUCGUGAACUUCGUCGACUACUUGCAGGACAUCUCCAGGACGUGAAGACGGAAGUGAGAGGGGCGUGGAAGGAAAUGGAUGAAAGGAUCGACACUGUGGCCAAAGAUGUCGGGAGUGUGGCUCAGGAAGUCAAGAAGGAGAGGGAGAAGACGAAAGGAGUCACUGAACGAGUGCAAAGGCUUGAGAUCUUGGGCGAAGAGACAAGAAAGAAAGUCGAGUCCAUGGAGAAGGAGCUUGUUGACUUCAAGAAGAAGGGCGAGUCUUCACAUGGUGGAGGUCAAGCUGAUCCGUGGGCCCAAUAUCUCCGCAACAACAAGAAGGACGAUAAACCGGGGGAUACACCUCCUGGACCAACGGGGCGCGAAGAACUUUCAGAGGAGGAUCGUCGCACGAUGAUUGUUGGUGGGUGGGCUCAGGACACCAAGAAGGGGACGAUCAUUGAAGAAGCCAAGGCAUUCCUCAGCCGGGACGACGUGAAGAACCUGAUCGACCAACAGGACCUUUUGGUGUGGGGACCGAGACGUUCCUUUGGGGCGUUGAAGUUCAAGCCGCGAGGAGAUGAAACAGAAAGCUCGCUACGUGACCGAAUGUGGGGCGUCAUCAAGGCCUUGCGGUCCAACCCCGUCACUUUACAGUCGAGCGCCGCAGACAAUGGGGGCGUUGCAAAGAACAUGUGGGUGCAGUUCGUGAAGACCAAGGAAGCCCGCAAACGCAGCCAACAUUGCAGUUUACUUCGUCGACUUUGCCUUGAAGUUGCCAGGGACGUGCAGAAAAGUGGGGAGAGUUGCAGGCCGGAAGCCACUGAGGAGGCGAAGUAUGAGUGCGAUUGGGCGGCAGGCACGAUUUGGUUUCAGGACUGGAAGAUUGGCAGUGCCAGUCACCGUGCCCCUCGGGGCGAGUCCAUCAAGGUCAUCAGCAGCGGCUGGGUCGAUGUCCAAGCCAUCGCCAACAUCACAGGGGUGACCUUCACGUGCGCUCUCCAAGCGGUGGAGCGCGAGAUCAACAAAACGUUCGCCUCGUGGAAUGUCGGUGGUCAAAAUUACGAGAAGAUCGAAGUUGCAGUGCGAGAGUUUGAUCUCGUGGCUGUUCAAGAAAUUUCCAGGACUGAAGCUGUCGGAUGGGACGAAAGGGAGACAAAAAGCUUUAUGUGGUUUGCACAUCGUGAUGAACAACAAUGGCGGGGCGUGGCAGUGGGCGUUGCCAAAGAUUUGUUCGACUGUGUCAUUGACAAGAUGGCUACCUCCAACGGGGCGGCGUGGCUGGUGCGACUUCGAGGACACAAGCGGUUGAUCCUGGCUUCCUUGCAUUGUCCCACGGGGGUGACGGUGGCCAAAUACCAAGAGGUCGUCGGUACCUUCAAGCAGAAACUCAAGAAGUGGCAUCCAGAUUGCCCUGCCACAGUUGGGGUCGAUGUGAACGAGGUGAUCCAGUGGACCUCAUCUGAAGACGAGGAACCGGGUGCCUUUCCUGUUAGGGGUGGGGGCAAAAUCGAGGCCUUCCUGGAGUUGUUGGGGAGUUGUCGACUACGUGCUUGUCCUCCUGAAGUACAUGCGCGGGGAGUACCUACUCACUUUCCCAGAGAUGCCACGCGAGUAGGGCGACACAUUGAUGUUAUCGCAUCGCGACUCGUUCGGAUGGGGGAGGUCAAGAUUGUAGAAGCUGCUAGGACGUGGAUCAUCACGGAUCAUGCCCUACUCUUUGCUGACAUUUACCUCUUCCGUAAAUGGAUCUCGCCCCGCUUCGACACUCGACCUCGCUGGGUCCAUGGGGCGGAACCGUUACCUCCAGUCAACAACUUGGAACACCUCUAUGAGGCAGCGAAGAACCGUACUGUGGCAGGCAAAGUACGGCAAUAUGAAGAUGAUGAGGAAGUUCGGGAUGCAGUACGGCAAGCCAAAGCCAGUGGUGACAAGUGUGAGUGGAAAGGGGUGCAUGCGAUCAGGAGGCGUAAGCUCAGGAUGUGGAAAUCUGAGAGAUUCAGGAAAAUCUGGGCGGGCGAUUGGAGCUGGUAUCGUGGCUACAAGAAUGAGAAGAACGCACGUGGUUGGUGGGGCACUCUGCUUGCUAAUCGGUCUGCAGAGGACUUGGCCGCUGACGCUGGAAAGCACCUGGAGGAGAAGAUGUGGGACGAUACCAAGCCUAGCUGGGAUGAGACUCUCGAGACUAUCAUUGCCGCUAACGCCAAGACCAAUGAUUUUCGUCCUGUACAAGCUGAAGAAGUUUGGGGCGCAUUGGAAGGUAUGAAAGCACAGGCAGCACUUGGACCUGAUGGGGUGAGUGUACCGUUGCUCAAACAACUCAUGCACGAGCAACCAGAACAGCUCUGUCGUCUUGUAGAUGAGACGAUUUUGCAUCCCUCGUUGCCGGAUGAGUGGCACAAAUCGUUCCUUGCUCUUCUGGCAAAAGUCAGCACACCAACUGGGGUGGGACAACUUCGCCCAAUCGCUAUGUCCUGUACACUACAGAAGAUGAUCACCAGGGUCGUCAUGAACCGAUGUUUUGAUUCGAUUCGUUCCACAUGCAGGUGGGCCUCUAGCGGUAAGGGGCGACAGGUCGCUGACUUGAUUGGGGCGGUGAGUCGCUUCAGAGAUCAUUGUCGAGAGUGGCGCCUUCAUGGUAUACUCCUUAAACUGGACAUCCGUGGGGCGUUCGACUAUAUACAUCGCUCUUCAGUCGCUGACUUCCUUGUGACCCGCCUCGGCAACUCUCCUCACGGUGCCGAACUUGCUUUUCUCCUACGCCUACUUAGCACCAAUCGUUUGAUCGGACAAGCACCUGGUGGGGCGGAAGUCGAGGUCAAGGCUAACCGUGGCAUACGCCAGGGGAGUCCCGAGUCUGCGGAGCUCUUCGGCCUGAUCAUCCAGCAGGUGAUGGUUGAGGCACAUGAAGACCCGCGUUGGAGGAAGUGCAGUGGGGAGCUUGAUGACCUACCGCUGGAUGGUGGAUGCUUUCAAGAUGAUGUUGUCAUGUGGGGCGAUGAGAUCCAUGUCAUGGAGAACAACGUGAAAAUCAUCGUUGAGUUGCUGGCUAAGUUGGGGCUACGCUUAGCAGCGGAGAAAACUGGCAUCAUAGUGACGCCGUACUACCGUGGCCCCAGGUCCAUGCAGAUCGACGAUAAGCCAGUUGCCUUCCUUGAACAAGGGGAAUCCAUUCGUAUCCUUGGCUUGGACUUCUGCUUUGAGGACGGCCAGUCUCAACAGGCAAAAUGCCUGAUGGGUCGAUUUGGGCGGCCUGGAGCAAACAUGCUGAACUCCUUAAAGGACCAGGGUGCUAUCACGACAAAAUCAAGACCAUCCGUUCUCUCGUGCAGGGUACAUGGCAAUGGGUAG